AGCGCCAUUUUGUUUUUUACUUGCAGUGAUAGUUCACUUCACAAUUUCCUCAUAUUUACUGAGCCUUGCUAGCUCAAUUUCAUGGCYGGUGGAGAUAAAAGAAAGAAGAAGAAACGCUCCGACCGGAGCAGGUCGCGUUCACCCCGAACAAGGGGCAAACCUUCAAAAAGGAGGGAUUCUUCCGAAGACUCGUCUGCGUCGGAGUCUGAUUCUGACAGACGAAGUCGAAGAGAUAAAGAAAAAUCGAAAGACAGAAGAAAARACAAAGACUACUACAAAUCCUUGGAAACACCAGAAGAGAAACGUGCAAGGMGGCUUGCRAAGAAGGUGAUUAUCUACACCUCCUACAAAAUAAAGSCAUUUGUUCAGAUUGCUAAUAUAUCAUCAGCUCUUGAUAAUCUUAAUAAAUCUUUGAUUUGAAA